CCGCCUUUCUGCCCGGACAUGGGUCGGAACUCGGCGCGCUGCAGAAAGAGGCCCCGCCCCGGGCUGAGGCCCCGCCCCCAGCCGGGGCCACUCACAGUCCGCUCACAGCGGCCACUUCCGGUCCAGCCCAGGCGCGUCGGGUUAGUGCGGUGGAGUGGCGCCGGGGUUUCCCCUUGGGACUUGGUCGUGGACUAGCGCUCAGAUCCGAGCACAGGCUGCUGGUUUGGGUCCCCGCGGAUGGAAUUUGGCCCACCAUGGCUGAUGAUGAAGAGAAAGACUUUCAGAAAUUUCUUAAAAAUGUGGAUGAAAUCACCACUUUAAUUCAGGAGAUGAAUUCUGAUGAUCCAGUUAUACAACAGAAAGCGGUGCACCAGACAGAAAAGAGACUGAUGCUGAUGGAGGAAGCUCAGGAGGAGGACGAGUGCAGGACAACCUUGAACAAGACCGUGAUAAGCCCUCCGCAAGCUGCUGUAAAGAGUGCAGAUGAAAUAAACCCAGAGGCCUUCUUGGCAUCUCUGGAGAAGGAUGCAAAGGAGCGAGCCAAGAGAAGACAGGAAAACAAAGUUUUAGCAGACGCCCUAAAAGAAGAGGGGAACAAAGCCUUUGCCAGAGGUGACUAUGAAACAGCCAUCCUGAACUACAGCGAGGGCUUAGACAAGAUGAAGGAUAUGACAGUUCUGUACACCAACCGAGCCCAGGCUCUUAUAAAACUUGGGGAGUACCAGAAGGCCCUGGUGGAUUGUGACUGGGCACUGAAGUGUGAUGAAAAAUGCACAAAAGCAUAUUUCCACAUGGGAAAAGCCCACCUGGCUCUGAAGAACUACAGUGUGUCCAGACAGUGUUAUCAGAAGAUCUCAGAAAUAAACCCCAAGUUGCAGACACAGGUGAAAGAAUAUGUGCACCAAGUAGAUCUCCGGGAGAAGGCAGACCUCCAAGAGAAAGAAGCCCAUGAAUUACUGGAUUCAGGAAAGAACACAGCUGUGACAACCAAAAACCUCCUGGAAACGCUUUCUAAGCCUGACCAGACGCCCUUGUUCUAUGCAGGGGGAAUGGAGAUCCUCACCGAUGUGAUGAAGGAUUGCACAGAACAAACUUUAUUCCGAACGCACAAUGGGUUCAGCAUCAUCAGCGACAACGAGACCAUAAGAAGGUGCCUUUCCGCGGCGGAAAAAGACGUGAUUGAAGAGACAGUCUGUGUGACCGUUCUUAAGCUUUGGCAAGCGGUGUGCAGUGAGAAUGAGGAGAACCAACGUCUGCUUGUGCUGCACCCCGAUGUGGCCAGGCUAGUGCCCUCGCUCUUGGCCUCUAAACUCAUGGCCGUCCAGCAGCAGAGCCUCACCCUGCUGCUGCAGCUCACGCAGACUGAGCGUGGACGGAGCCUGGUCAUCAGCCACCUUGACAUGCCCCGAUUGCUGGAAGCACUGCUCUCAUUUCUUGACUUCUCAGACAAGAAGGCCAGUACCGCCAUCGGGUUGCUCACAGACUUGGCUCUGGAAGAAAGAUUCCAAGUCUGGUUCCAGGCCAACCUUUCAGGCAUUCUCCCUGUGCUCACAGGUGUACUGAAGAGAGAUCCCAUGGUAACCAACCCCUCAGCGCUCUGCAAAUGUAUUGCUAUCAUGGGAAACCUCAGCGCUCAGGCUGAUGCUCGAAGACACAUGUCAGCCUGUGAAGAAUUUGGGGAUGCCUGUUUGGGCCUGCUGGCCAAGUGUGAGGAUGAUGUGGACCUAUACAGAGAGGUCAUAUACACACUCCUGGGAUUCAUGAUGAACCUGUGUCUUCAGGUCCCCUUUGCCUCAGAGUUUUGGGCUGAGGAGCUGAGCAGAAGGUGCCUGUCUUUACUAAACAGCCAGGAUGGAGGCAUCCUAACAAGAGCUGCUGGUGUUCUGAGCCGGACCCUUUGUUGCUCUCAGAAAAUCAUAAAGGAGGCUGUGAGGGCAGGAGUGGUGAAGAAAAUGAUUAAAUUCCUGAAGACAGGAGGCCAGACUGCAUCACAUUAUGCUAUAAAGAUACUAGCUAUCUGCACGAAUAGCUGCUGUGAAGCUCGGGAGGAGGUAGUGAGACUGGAUAAAAAGUUCAGUGUUCUGCUGAAGCUGCUCAGCUCAGAGGAUGAGAUUCUGAUGGGCAAUGCUGCCCUCUGCCUUGGCAACUGCAUGGAGGUGCCCAGUGUCGCGUCUUCCCUGCUGAACACAGACGUUGUGCAAGUCCUGUUAAAGCUAGCAGGUGGUGACUCACAGAAGACAGCCGUGCAGCUGAAUGCAGGCAUCGCUCUGGGGAAGCUGUGCACAGCCGAGCCCAGGUUCACUGUUCAACUGAGAGAGCUUCAUGGGUUGGAAAUUCUCAACUCUACAAUGAAACACGUCAACAAUUCUUGAGAGAUGUGGUGUCUGUGUGCAGCUUUGCAAAUACACAAUUGUGUAUGAUAGGUUGUUAAUGUGCUAAUAAAGUCCUUUGGAAUAUCCACUUCAGAA